CGUUGUUGUUCGCAUAUCCACUAAUUAUUUUGCAAAGUUUUCUCAAAUUUCAACCGGAAAAAAAUGUCCAAACGAAGUUUACCUAUUUGGAUGCGUGACGCGGAACUGUCCCCGGCACCGGUAGUUAAAAAGCGUGUUCUCUCCGAAAGCAAGUUGAACGAAAUUGCCGUAGAAAAAUCAAUCCCGGAGAAUACGAACGUGAAGCCGCUUCCCGCCGAGGACGAUACACCUCGACGAAGACUUCGAAGCAAUCACAAGAUUCCGGACGACAUUCCGAAGCGGGAACCGGCCGUUCAGUUGAACAUUGAAGAUGUUCCAUUUAUCGACUACAAGGGAGAAAUUCAAUACUACACAGACAUGCGGGACAUGGCCUUUGCGUGCGAUCAGUUGGUACAGUGGGUGGAAAGGCAACCGGACGAGCAAACCCAGGUGCCGAUCGCGUUCGAUUUGGAGUGGCCAUUCAAUUUUCAGACCGGCCCCGGGAGAACGGCCCUGAUGCAACUUUGUGCCGAGACGAACGUUUGCUAUCUGUUCCAGAUGUCCUGCCUGAAGAAGCUGCCGGCAGCGGUACUGCAGCUGUUGACCCAUCCGCGGGUGCAGUUGCACGGGGUUAAUGUGAAGAAUGACUUCCGGAAGUUGGCACGGGAUUUCCCGGAGGCGAAUGCCGAACUGAUGAUCGAAAGGUGCGUGGAUCUGGGCGGGUGGUACAAUCGCAUUCACGGGUCAAGUGGGGUGUGGAGUAUGGAGCGUUUGGUGCUGCAGGUUUGCCGACUGCGGGUGGACAAGAACAAGAAGGUUCGGAUGAGCAAGUGGCAUGUGUUGCCGCUGAGCGAGGACCAGAAGAUGUACGCUGCGGUGGAUGCUUAUAUCGGUCAGGAAAUCUACCUCAAGCUGAAGGAAAAGGAGCUUAAAUUGAAGCUGGAACAACAGGAGCUGAAUCUUGCUUUGAAUCCGCCUUCGGCGGAAUAGAACCUAUUGCCUUCAAACUUGACAACGCAUUCAAAAUAGCAUUUAGUUCCUUAGUAGUUAAGUCCACAGUCCACAUCACUGCCGGGUCAUG